AAAGAGCAAUGUUCAAACAAAGGAAGAAUACAAAAAUUAAUGUUAAUUAACCAAAGAGCGGCAAAGUAUGUGCGAGAACUGAAAAGCAGAACAAAUCUUUAAUCACAACAACAAAACAAGCAAAAGUUAUAAUAGUAACAGCAACACGAAAGCAAUCAAAAUGCCCGCCGCAUCAAUCAUACAACAACAUCACCAGAAACAACUGCCAGGCUCAUCAUCAGCAGCAGCAACAACAAAUGGUGGACCACGUGUCAGCUUCAAUCGAGAUGUACAUGUGAAGCGCAUAGGCAAGCGCAACAACGAACCAUCUGAGUACGACUACGAAACAACUAACCUGCAGCCUAUUGGCAGCACACAGAGCUAUCAUCAACUACCACCUGACAUUAAUCCCGAAGACAUACGUAAGGAGGCUGCAUUAGUUAUCGAGCAGGCGGGCAGCCAUCAGAGUAAGGCCCAAAACGGUGAUAACAUACCAACUUUUAGGGUGAAGCAGAAACGCUCUACUAACGCCGAUUCCAGCGCCAAUUCCAAGCGUUUUCAUUCACUGCCUAGCCGUGGUAAGAAGGGUAAGCCAGUGGCGCGUAGUUCCAGCGACGCGGCUGCUAAGAAGUCAGCCAAACGACCCUCUAUAUUCAGUCUCUUUAGUCGUAAAAGCGACACGAAUGUCAGCCAAUUAGAGCGAGAUCCACGCUUCGAAGACGGGGGUGGCAGACGCUUAGUGCGGAGCAAAAGUGAUGUAGGUAGCAUCAAAGACGCAAGGAGUAGAGCUACACUUAGCAAGAAGGUGCCAGAACUUUCCCAAAACAGCAGCAGUCCAGCAAAGCAGCAGCUUAGUCCCAUUAUAGAGCAAACGCAGGGGGAGGAUUACUUUGAGGAGCAGGACUACCAGAGGGAACGCCGCAAAUCGGAUGCUGUGACCGUGCGCGAGAAGUAUGAGAGCGGACUAAACGAGCUGUUGUCCCGCAGCCGUUCCAAGGCAGAAUUGGACGGACCGCUACUGAACAAGAGCACCCUGCGACAAGGAGGCAUUUCAGCUGGCAUUCGAGAUCGUAUUGAGACGCUGCAGGCCAAGAGCAGUGAUAAUAUGCACAGCUCACAGCUGCCGGCGGAGCGCUUGCCGCUCACAAAGGGCAGAACUGUAGAUGGACUAGUAAAGCGCCUGUCAAUGGAGCGCUUUUCCCCACAGCCGUUGCCCAUUACACAGCCCGCUUUUUCCUAUAUUCGACCCAAUGAAGGCAUCACCUAUGCUCAACUGGAUUUGAAUCUGGGCGAGGAGACCCGUUCUCCACCCUCGCGUGAUAUACGCACGCCAAUCCGUGAGUUUGCACCCACAAGACCACCAAGGGCUACUGAUAGAGUUGCUCCCAUCCAAAGUCCUGGAAACUCGCCCACUUACAAUUUUAAUAGUCAGAAUGGACAUCACACACCGCUGGCUAAACGACUGAGCGCUUCGCACUCACCCUCACCUUGGCAGCAGCUCAGUCCACGCAAUUUAAGCGAUGAGGACGAGGGAUUGGGUUUCGAGACGCGUAAGCUGUACUACGAGGAUGACCUCUCUAAGAAUAAUAGGGCGCGUGACCCAGAGCGACGUGAGCCGCCUAUUGUGCCUGUCAUUAGAAGUGUCAGUCCAGCGCCAUAUUUAGACGAACUGGGAUAUAGACGCGCCCAGCUGGAAAAUCGCAUAUUAACUCGUCGUUUUGGCGAAGCGGCCACUCUAGACCGUCAGCACAACUCCCAUACAGCCGUAUUUCUAAGUCAGGAGAGGGAGCGGGAACGAGAGCAGGUAGCUGAGACGCGUUAUCAGAAUGAAAUGCCAAGUAAAUAUGUGACAGAAGACUCCCCUUUCAACGAGCUCAGUUCAUCCACGUUGCCCAAAGUGGGAAAGACUUCUCGCUAUCGGCAUACCAAGUAUUAUGAUGACGGCCGUGGUGGAGUUAAAGAAACUUUUGUGCGAGAAACGCAAUUAAAUGGAACAGGCAAGCCACAGGUGCGUGAGUCACGACAUCGAGAGCGCAUGGGCUCAGUACCCCGAGACUUCCAACAAAUCGAGCGGGCCGCAGAACAUGAGCCGAAAAGCUUGGACUCACAACUAACCGGCACGGAUCAGUAUCGGUCAUCACCGGAGUUAAUGCAAAGAUUUGAGAAUGGUAUAGAGCGGGGACAGUUACCGCAGGACUAUUGGCAGAGCAGUCUGAAGCGGGACAAGUUGCAGCAACGUAGUUUCGAUAAGGGUGAUUCGGGAAUUGAAAACGAUUUUCGCAAGGAAUCUUUCAAUGGCGACUUAACCACAAGAUGGCGUAAAUGGACGCCACUGGAUGAUAUUAAAGCUUGCGAAUCCUUUUUGCGCAAGGAGUGUCGGGAUAGCGCUCAACACCAGCAACUGCAGCGACAGUUUACACAGGCGCGACUGCGCCGAGAUCAUAGUUACGUGUAUCGUGAACGUUCCAUUGACGAUGGCUCCCAUUUUGAUCCACAUCUGGACAAAUAUCCAGUGGCCACGAGCACCUUGCGGCACCGUGAGCAGCACUUGCAAAUUCGACAUGAGAGCAACAACAACAACAGUAGCACGCUGAAACGAAACAAGAAGCUGGGAGGCUUUGGAAAAGUCAAGCAGCUGCUCACGGGCAGCGGCCAUAAUCAGAGCAGCAAUGGCGGCAGUGGACGCAGCAGUGGGAGCAAUGUGUCCAGCAGUAAAAAGGAUACACAGUCGCAUCUUACAAAUGGAAAUAGCAGCACACUGAGUCGUCGCACCACUGAGAAAGACAAAAGCAGAGACAAGGACAAGGAAAAGGAACGCUACAUGGUCAGAGAGGAGGAGAUGCGUUCGCGCUACCGCGAGCAUUAUGCGCCAAAUGAAGAGACCUCACGCGAACCAAAGACUAUCGAUAUAUCCAUGCGCCGUCGGCUGUCCACGCCGAAAGCUAGUCCAUUGCUUGUUAAGCGAGGAUCGGCAGAUAAGCCGCCCAAGAAGCAGAAGGAAGCGAUCACAGUAAAACCUGAGAAGACUAGCUGGUUCAAAUCGCUAGAUCGCCGAGCCAAAAGCACUCCAAAGGAACAGCUGAACGUGUCUGUCAAUGGCCAUAGCGAGGCAACGUCCAGCUUAAAGCGUACCAAACGCAAUGCGCCCGUUACGCCGGCGAAGAAUUUGCGUUUCUUUGGCGACACCGACUUGGAUUCAAAUCCGCCGACAAUAUCGAAGACAAGCACUCAAGUCAGGAGCCGCCCGUCGCUGGGAAAUAGUAAUACUUUGCAACGUCACCAAAAACAUUCCCAGAGCGCCUAUAACUUGGAUCGCACCACACCCACUCGUGACUAUCGCCAUACGCUGGUCGCCCAAUCAGCUCGCCAGCGCAGCAGCUCCAUGCAACACUUGGAGAAUGGCAGCGAUGAGGUUGACUUCCGGAAGAGGCGGCACUACUCGCGUUCGCGAGAGUUGCACGAUAUCUCAGAGAGUGGCUCCGAACCGGAGACGAUGGAACGACACAAACGCAACAGUGGACAGCGUGCGAUGUCGCUGGAGCGCACAACUGCGACGCCAACAGAUGUACAGUCUCGGGCACAGCGAUACGAGAAGCGUCCACUACAGGGUCCGCCAAAGCCCGCACGAAGUGCCGAAAGGCGCGCAGUGCUCAGUAAUGGCACCGAGAAUGGCUAUGGCAGGGAGCGCGAACGUUACCCCGCCGAGAGCUCCGGAACUGAAGGGGAGUCCAGCCUGCACAGCCAGCGCAGCGUAGUCUUUUUGCAUGCCACAACAGUAGGCGAUAUACCCCAGCCAUAUAAUCUGCGUCGCCGUUCCAUAUCGCGGGACGACUUGCGUAAGGCCGGUGCCCCCAAACCGCCAUUGCAGCCCAUGACGCGUACUGUUUCACGUUCCGUAUCCAUGCUGGCGCCCUGGAAGCCAAAACACAUAAGUGAGGGCUAUGAGAUCAACUACUCGCAGGAGCAAAAUAAACGCAUGUCAACGAUGCCGCGCAAGCCUCCGCCCCACAAUGGCACAAGCGCCAGCACCUUAAGCCGACUGAGCCGCAAAAGUGAAACGCCCACUCAUCGUCAUAAUGGUUACCAUAAGGAUGAGCAGCACAUCUCCACGUUGCAACGCCAGCCGACCAGAUCCUUGCUCUCCGCACCGAAUUUACGCAGCGCCAAAACAAAGUGAGCCCCAAUCGAAUUUGUUGCUGUCGCAGCUGGUGCGCCUACUUGCACAAUGACGGUGCUCCGGUCUUAAUACAUGCACUUAGUUUACUACCACUCCAGAGUAAAAUGCACUUGAAAUUUUGGAAUGUACUAUUUCUAAUCAAAGUUUCUAAGAAAUGGAAAUUUUAUACCUACUUGCAUAUAUACUAUACAUAUACAUAUUUAUACAUACAUGUGUAUUGGAAUUACUGUGCAGACAGCGCAGCUUAUUAGUUGUAUAUAAGGUUUAAACUUUUGUUGCAAUUCUCGUCAUAUUUUGUAUGAAAAUGUAUUUCAGUAAAUUAUAAAUUAAUACAAUUAUAA